GCGCGGGUUUCCGGUCGUGGCGGACACUUCCCGCGGAGGGACUGUCCCGUGGCACCUGGCAGGGUCGAGAGGACGCAGGGUCGGGGCAGCGGCGAUGGACGACCAGAGCCUGGACGAGUUCCGCCGGCGCUGGCAGGAGGAGCUGGCGCAGGCCCAGGCGCUGAGGAAGCGGCGGCGGCCAGAGGCUGCCGAGCGGAGGCCGCGGCGGCCCGAAGUGGCCCCUGGGCGCGGCGAGCAGGCCUCGGGGUACCUGGCGCUGGCCCAGGGCCUCUUGGAGGGCGCGGGACGGCCUCCGGCGCCGCGGGCGACCCGGGCCGAGAGGCAGGACGCGGCCAGCCGUUCCCGUUCCCCUCCCGCGCGUGAGGACGCCGGGCGCGGGGAGCAGCUGGUGGACCAGCUCAUCCGCGACCUGAAUGAAAUGGAUGACGUGCCCUUCUUUGAUAUCCAACUACCUUAUGAACUGGCAAUCAAUAUAUUUCAGUAUCUGGACAGGAAAGAACUAGGAAGGUGUGCGCAGGUGAGCAAGACAUGGAAGGUGAUCGCAGAAGAUGAAGUGCUCUGGUACAGGCUGUGCCAGCAGGAAGGGCACCUCCCUGAGAGCAGCAUCUCUGAUUAUUCUUGCUGGAAGCUCAUCUUCCAAGAGUGCCGAGCCAAGGAACACAUGUUAAGAACCAACUGGAAGAAUCGCAAAGGUGCCGUGAGUGAACUGGAACAUAUUCCUGAUGCGGUUUUAUGUGAUGUACAUUCUCAUGAUGGUGUGGUCAUUGCUGGAUAUACAUCAGGGGAUGUGAGGGUGUGGGACACCCGCACCUGGGACUAUGUAGCCCCCUUCCUGGAAUCAGAGUAUGAGGAGGACGAGCCUGGAAUGCAGCCAUACGUCUCCUUUGUGAGGAUAAACAGCUCGCUGGCGGUGGCGGCUUUUGAGGAUGGAUUUCUUAAUAUUUGGGAUCUAAGGACUGGAAAGUAUCCUAUUCAUCGUUUUGAGCAUGAUGCAAGAAUACAAGCACUAGCUCUCAGCCAGGAAGAUGCAACGGUUGCCACAGCUUCUGCUUUUGAUGUUGUAAUGUUGUAUCCCAAUGAAGAGGGAUAUUGGCAAAUAGCUGCAGAAUUUGAAGUUCAGAAACUGGUUGACUACCUUGAAAUAGUUCCAGAUACCGGAAGGUACCCUGUGGCAGUAGCCACUGCUGGAGAUCUGGUAUACCUGCUAAAAGCUGAAGACUCCGCCAGAACCCUCCAUUAUGUCUACGGCCAGCCUGUCACAUGUCUAGAUGUCUCAGCCAACCAGGCUGCUUUUGGUGUGAAGAGUCUGGGAUGGGUGUACGAAGGAAACAAGAUCCUGGUGUAUAGCCUGGAAGCCGAACGCUGCCUCUCAAAGCUGGGUAACGCACUUGGGGACUUCACUUGUGUCAACCUCAGGGAUAGCCCUCCCAAUCUCAUGGUCAGUGGCAACAUGGACAGGAGGGUGAGGAUCCAUGACCUCCGCACAGACAGAACCGCCCUGCUGCUCUCUGCCCACCAACUUGGAGUCUCUGCAGUCCAGAUGGACGACUGGAAAGUUGUCAGUGGAGGCGAGGAAGGCCUGGUCUCUGUGUGGGAUUAUCGGAUGAACCAGAAGCUGUGGGAAGUGCAUUCUAGACACCCUGUCCGUCACAUCUCCUUUAACAGCCACAGCCUCAUCACGGCCAACGUGCCCUAUGAGAGGGUGGUGCGCAGCGCCGACCUGGACAACUUCACCACGCACAGGAGACACCGAGGGCUCAUCCAUGCCUAUGCGUUUGCAGUGGACCAGUUGGCCUUUCAGAGUGCUCUUCCCAUCUGCCGUUCAUCCCGUGACGCCAUGGCGGGUUACAACUAUGACCUUGCACUGGCUUUUCCCUGUGACGAUAAUUAGGGAACAGUAGCCUUAUUUGGGAGAAAUUAGAAAUUUUAAAUCUACAGAGGAGCUCUGCACCAGAUUUAAAUGUUUGGGGUUGGAGAAGGGUCCAGCUGACAACCCCACACAUCCCUGAACUGCCUUAGCUGCUUCUCCACUUCCGGUGAAAUUCCACCCCACUCUGGUCUCUCUCCCUGGGCACUCAGUUCCCUGCCCCCUGGGGCUUUGAGUACCACACGCUGACUCAUGUUUAUACUUCCCUGCCGCCUCCUCGAGUCCCUCUGUACCAAACCACAGGGCCUUGCUGCAGGCCUCCCGCCGAGGCAUUCCUGCUGUCCACAGCCCUUCUGGGCCUGCUGGCCGUCCUGCCUGUCUCCAACCCUCUCCUCUCGGGGGGCCUUCGGAUGUGCUGGUGUCCAAGCUUCCUCGCAAGGCCCAAUAUCCACCCAGCUUGUGCAGCUGGCUCUGGGUGGGCAUCUUUGACACCACUACCCUGUGUAAACCUGGACUAGCGCUACUUUUCCUCACAGUUUUUUCCAUGGUCAUAAUUAUAUAUUUAUACACUAUUUCAUUAAUGAAUUUGUUUCCUGUUGCGUCUAUAUAUGCGAUACAAAGUAGAUGUUUUCUACAUAUUCAUUGAAUAAAUAGCCAUCCUCCAAGUAGGAUGGCAGGUGAUUCUGGCAAACUGUGCGUGUGAAGAGGCAGAGCUGUGAAAGGAACCUUUACCUUGAACCACAGCAGCUGAGCGGGACAACACGAGAACCGUCCAGUUUGAGCAAAGCUCCCAUUUCCAAAGGAUUACAAGGGCAAACCUUUGCAUUACUCUUGGUUUAGAUGCUCUGAGCAGCAGCCAUCUCCUAAACCUUCAAAAUAUCAAAGCAAAAAUGUGAUUAAACUACAAAAGGACAAAAAACUAUGCUCAUAGUAGGUGAUCAGAUUAAAAUAGUAAAAAAAAACAAGCUAAACUUUCUAAGGAUUUACUGAAUUUACAGUCUUGAUCCAAUAGCUGUAGAAUUUUAUACCUCCUCAAAUGCUUGUAGGCCAUGCACAAAAAAUGACUGUGUGUGGAGAACACAAAGAUGGAUGGGAUACAGGCCAAAUUCGGUGACUCCAACCCCAAAUGCACUAAGAUUAGAAAUCAACAAAAAGAAUGAAAGCAUAUACACACUGGAAACCUGAAUUCACUUGGUUUUAGAGAGGGAACUCUCCAGACCAGUGACAGUGAAAGCACUGGGUAUCCAAGCCCAGGGAUGGAGGCCUGAGUGGGACUGAGGGAAGCUGUGGCUUUAAUAGAAAAUAAUAACAGACUGAAAAUAACAAGGCUGAGUGGUCACCUUAGAAAGCUUUUAAAAAGGUAAUAGCCCAAAGAAAGCAGACAGAGGAGUCAAAUAAUGAAAUAGAAAACCAACAAGUAGUAAAGUUAAUCAUAAAGCCACACAGUUUUUUAAAAGACAUACAACUCUUGAUAAAGAAGGCAUAAGGGACUAUCAGAAAGAGAAAAUGAGAUAACUGGGGGCUCCAUGCGCUCUGUGUGGGGAUGACCCGCCCACACUGACCCAAGAGAAAAGUGAAGCUUUUCUACCAUAUGCAAGUGUAUAAAAUUGGAAAACGCAUUCUAUUACUCACCAACUUUGGAGUUAUGAAGGUGUGAGGAGGUUUUCUAGUUGCUUAAGCUAUUCAGUUAUUAAAAAUGUACCUAGACAGGGCAGAGGAACCACAGCUGGGACUGGCCCCAAAGCCAGGGAGCAGCGCUUCUGCUCAGACUCCCUGGGAAGGCAGCUCUGCCAGGCCAGCCUUCUGCUCCCUUUCGACCCAGUCACCUCACAGGUGAAGCUCACCCGCAGUCAGCAAAUGGAGGGUUCUGCUUGCCCACUGUCCUUGUCUGGCCCCCAGGAACCUCACUCUCUGAGGUCCUCAGCCCUCAGUCUUACUGCAGCAAGGCCACUGGUCAAGUAUAGUCUCAAGAAGAGUCCCUCCCAGCCUGAUUUCACAGCCUCUUUUGCAGGUAUAUUCUCCCUUCCCAGCCUGGCAGCAAUUAAAAAUAAUCAGUUUCAAAGAACUUAGAUCCAGAAAAUUUUACAAAAAUUAAACACAGUUUCAAAAUGUUAUUUGCUGCCAACGGCUUGGUCCAGUGUAAAAUGUUAUGAGCUCAGGGAUUUUUUUUCCUCCAACUUGUGUAUAACAUGUCCGGUUCAUGAAAAUUACCAGAUUUAGUGAAGAGUGUUUUUGGGGCCCAGACACAGUGUCUAGGCACAGCAACCUCAGAGUUUCUGCUGUAAACUUCAUAUCCUAGAGAAAUCGCCUGAUGGGGAAAGAACCAGAGUUCCUUCCUAAACCAGCAUUCACCCAGAAACAAAUAUCUUGGCCCAGGUAACCCGUUCUGCUCACCCCACCUUACCCUUCUCCCUGCCGGUUAUUUUGAGGGAGCUUCUUCACCAAUGUCUGUGUCUCCUUUUCUUCUGUAGCUCUUCUACUCAAAUCCUUCCCUCUCUACCUUCCCUAAAGACAGAAGAGACUCAGAUACUCAUGUCUUGUCUUAAAACACUACAUGACUUUGCUUUCUACUUUGUUUUUGUUGGUUCUAAUAUUAAAUUUUUUAAAUAUU